AUGAGUGAAGAAAACGAUCCACUUUUAGCAGCAUUGAAUGCUGAUCCAUCAGCAAGUUCUUCAAAUAAUAACCAACAAGAGUCAUCUCCUCAAGAACAAGCUAGAGAAAAAGCAUUAACUAAAUUCAAAAACAAGCUACUAGAGCAUAGACAAUGGGAUGCACGCUUGAAAGAAUUGAGACUCAGCAUACGGGGGUUGGAGAAGGACUAUGAAAAAACAGAAGAUGAUAUUAAGGCAUUACAAAGUAUUGGUCAAGUUGUCGGUGAAGUUUUAAAACAAUUGGAUGACGAACGUUUCAUUGUUAAAGCAUCAUCAGGUCCAAGAUAUAUUGUCAAUUGCAGAAAUUCAAUAAAGAAGGAAAAAUUAAAACAAGGUGUAAGAGUCGCCUUAGAUAUGACUACAUUAACAAUUAUGAGAAUCUUACCAAGAGAAGUCGAUCCAUUAGUUUAUAAUAUGACCACUUUCAAACCAGAUGAGGUUUCAUUUGGUACCGUUGGUGGUUUAGGUGAACAAAUUAGAGAAUUGAGAGAAGUUAUUGAAUUACCAUUAAAGAAUCCAGAAUUAUUUCAAAGAGUUGGUAUUAAACCUCCAAAAGGUGUUUUAUUAUAUGGUCCACCAGGUACCGGUAAAACUUUGUUAGCUAAGGCUGUUGCUGCCACUAUUGGUGCAAACUUCAUCUUCAGUCCUGCAUCCGCUAUUGUUGAUAAAUAUAUUGGUGAAUCUGCAAGAUUGAUCAGAGAGAUGUUUAGUUAUGCUAAAGAGCAUGAACCUUGUAUUAUUUUCAUGGAUGAAAUUGAUGCCAUUGGUGGUCGUCGUUUCUCUGAAGGUACAUCCGCUGAUCGUGAAAUACAACGUACAUUAAUGGAAUUAUUGAACCAAAUGGAUGGUUUUGAUUACUUGGGACAAACAAAAGUUAUCAUGGCCACUAAUAGACCAGAUACUUUAGAUCCUGCCUUAUUAAGAGCUGGUAGAUUGGAUAGAAAGAUUGAAAUUCCAUUACCUAACGAAGCUGGUAGAUUGGAAGUUUUCAAAAUUCAUACAGAAAAGAUUUCAAAACAAGGUGAGUUUGAUUUUGAAGCUGUUGUUAAAAUGAGUGAUGGUUUCAAUGGUGCUGAUAUUCGUAAUGUUGUUACAGAAGCUGGUUUCUUCGCUAUUAGAGCUGAUCGUGAUUAUAUUGUUCAAAAUGAUUUACUGAAAGCUGUUAGAAAGGUUGCGGAAACCAAGAAACUUGAAGGUAAACUAGAGUACGAAAAAUUAUAG